AAGUCUGUGGUCAGCUGACUGCGCUCCGAGAUCAGCUGACGGGUUCCAGCCCUGCCGUGGUUGAGGGGUCCCCUGCCAGGCGUUGCAGGGACAGCAGGAAACCAUGAGGUUCCGAUUCUGCGGAGACUUGGACUGUCCUGACUGGGUCCUGGCCGAAAUCAGCAUCUUGGCCAAAAUAUCCUCGGUGAAGCUGAAGCUCAUCUGUGGCCAGGUGCUCAAGGACCUGCAGGGAGAGGGAAUUGAUUAUGAAAAGAUCCUGAAGCUAACGUCGGAUGCCAAGCUUGAGUCCGGGGACGUGAAGGCCACUAUUGCCGUGCUCAGCUUCAUCCUCUCCAGUGCAGCCAAACACAGCGUAGACAGCGACUCUCUGUCCAGCGAGCUGCAACAGCUGGGGCUGCCCAAAGAACAUGCCACAGGAUUGUGCCGGUCCUACGAAGAGAAACAGAGCCCCCUGCAGGACAGCCUGAGGACACGCAGCCUGAGAUUGAACCGUCUGGACUCUGUGUCCUGGAGGGUGGAUCACACGCUCAGCUCCAGCGAGCUCCAGACAGUCAAUGAGCCCCUUGUGCACCUGAAGUUCACCGUGCGAGACGGGGACCGAGGCAUGACGGAGCCCUUUGCUAUGACUGUGUCGGCAGAGAAGUUCCGGGUCUUACUGACAGAGCUGAGACAGGCCCACGCCAUGAUGAAAACUCUCAGCUGAGGAGCCGGGAGGACGGCAGCGAGCGUGGAAGGAGCCGGCUGAUUGCUCUGCAGCUCGUCGGAGAGUCUGGUGGGUGCGGUUCCUCCGCUGGGGAAGCCCCUCGCCGCACACAGCCGCAGACACCGCCUGGGCAGAGGUUGGACUGGGCUCUCCUCCCUUCUCAGACCCCUGCAGCUGAAACUGACAAUUGCUCUUCCCACUCUUCCUGGCUACUGCCUCCCCGUCCAGCUCUCUUGCUGUGGAGCCUCCUGCCCGCCCCUCCUUCAUCCUGCCCACAAGCCCUUGUGCUUCCAGGAGCCCCACCCCAGGAUCUGUCCCCAGAGCAAUGGUGGAUGGGAGGUUGGUGGCUUCUGCAUCUGCUAACGAGAUCUCCACCUUGAGACCAGCUUCAGCUCGGAGUUCCCAUAACAAAGGCGUCCAAACCCAUGGGCCGUGCCACCGUGUAACACACACGCCUCCGGAGAAUACCCAGGCCUGCCGGCUGGAGGCUACUUUAACAGUGAAAGACCCUGAAAUCCCCUGCCAAGCCCUUUGUUGGUGGUUGUGUUCCUGAACAGCUGCAGGGAGCUGAUCUGCCCUUUUGCUUCUGCCUGAAUUGUCUCCUGUGACUACUCCAGGGCAGGCGCUUGGUCUCCUCUGGAGACUAGCACGCUGCAGCCCACCAAAUGCUGCGGCUAGGCCAGCUCCACAUCACCCAUUGACUGAACUCCUGCAGCAAUCCAGGAUGCCUGUGGCUGGGUCGACUCUGCCAGUCGUACAUUAGAGGUUGGAAAGUUUCAUCAGCCGAAGCACGAUGGAGCGUUCUCUAGUCCCUUCUUGCUCCCCCGCAUCCCUCCCCUUAAAAGCACUUUGCCUCUGUUCUUUCCACUUCCUUUAAAGGAGCCCCUUACCUAGGGGACAAAUGCAGCUUUUCUGUCUUUCCUUCCCCCCAUGCUCCUACCACCUUUUCCAGGGCAGCUCAGUGCAUGGAAUAAAGGAUCAUCAGGAACGUGCAUCUGUGAAUAUCUCCAUGCGUUUCCGGUUGGCCUUGGCACAUGAAGCCAGUUAUUUGUAAUGUUUCCUAUUUUGCCAGCGGGAUCCAAUAAAGCCACGAGGAGCAUUUUUAAUUUGCA